CCUUUUGACUUUACAUCCAGUGCAGGGUUAAUCCUCCCAGCUGCAUACUGGACGUGGCUUUCGGAGCGCAUGAACAGUGACAGAUGAUGAGUUUAGUGUCCCUAGGAUUGCGCACAAGACAGUCAGCGAUCUAAAAGUCAUUUAACAUCGCAGCAUCCCAGCCGCCGCGGCAGAGUGGGAGACCGACUCGGUCUGGAGGACUUGUUGAUAUUAUUUAAUUAGAAGAACAGCUGAACCUUCUCCAUCACGCCAAUCGCGCAGUUUUAGCUCAAGGUCUCCACAUCUCCCGGCAGGACACAAAUGCUUUAGGUGAAACGUCUCCAGGAUCGUUACGCGCAACUUUUACGCACAACCGUGGACCUACCGACGAGCAGACCUUGAUUCGGGGUCCAUGUUACACUUCAGCGCUACAACCUAUACUCCCACAGGUGUGAUUAUUUUAAGUUAGCGAACUGCAGGAAUGGGUGAAACGGUCCGUCCCAUACUCUGCUGAAACAAAACUAAACAUCACUGACGGGAACUUGACUUCAACAGGGAACCGAGCCGGAUGCCAAAAUGAGCCUUUAUUACCAGAGCUGGAGGAUCUUACAGAUAAUCUUUGCAACAUUUACAGCAGUUCACACACAAGGUUUGAGCAGUAAAGAGCUGAUCGACAGUAAGAACCCAUUGCCUUUUCCUGUCUUCUUGCCGGUCAGCUAUGAGGUGCGAGAUGCUGAUUACCUCUUCCUAAAAGAAGCUGGCCAGGAUUUCAUGAGGAACUCCAGCACGCAGAGUCACACGCAGCUCUUUGUUAUCUUAAGAGCCAGCCGCCAGCCAGCUGUCAGCGCCAGCUACAGCACCAUGUCCACAGAGCAGCUUGUGCCUCUAGAUCUGGUCCAGCCUGUGCAGCUCUUCAGCGCUCCAGAGGUCUCCACUUUUAACUGGAAAAUCCAGGCCUUUGUGCUGACACCUCAGGUUUUCUCCUCCAAGCCCAAAAUGCGGGUGCUCUUCUAUGUUGCAGGGAGGGACUGGGGAAGGGGGGAAGGAGCUGUGGAUGAACUACCAUGUGUGACAGUGUAUGCUUUCUGGCAGACCCAGGAGGUAAGGGUUUCCUGUGCCAUGGGAGGUGAGAGAGGGACCUGCAUGGCUGAGCUGGCUCCUGAGCCUGACUGGUUUGCUCCAAAAUCAGAAGGCACCAGCAGGGAACGGCAGGACAUGUCUAGCGGGAACCCUGUGGAGCUGUACUACCAGGCGCAGCCCAGAAUCGAUGGAAUGUGUAAUUCCCUUGAUGGAAAUCGUUGGGGUGGGCCACAGCAGCAGGCAGAGUAUGUUCCUGUCACUCCUAUGCAGAGAAUUGGCACCGUCCGUCUCCUGCAGGUGCCUAAAGGAAUGGUGACGCUUUCUCGGCUCAAGCUUGGCAAUGCCAUUAUCAUUCGGACAUCCUCCAAACCACUGAAGAAGACUGACAUCGCCACCUUCUACAUACUCAUGGCCAGCUCUGCUCAGCUGACUAACUUCACUCUCAGAGCAACUGUAAAGAAAGGUGUAAUCUUUCGAACAGCGACACCCAGUAACUCUUUACUAUGGGACAUCACUUUGGAUAUGGGUGCAGAUGGAGUCAUCGCUGUGAUUUGCCAGAGAAAGGCUCCUAUACCUGGAAAAAGGCUUGAAAGCAGUCUACUGGAGGUGCUUCAAAUGGAUUUUGAGGUUGAGGAGCUGAGCAGUCCUCUCGACAGUCAGGUGAUCAUAUGGAAGCUGGAGCUACCGUCCGCAUCCAAAAAUGUCGCUAAGACUGAAGGAGCCAUAAGGAUCUACACCACUCAGAGAGACUUUGUUGGCCUGGCUCCUCUUGUAAUGGACACAGACAUCAUGAACACAGCUGUAUUGACUGGAAAGAAGGUGGUGAUACCUGUGAGGACAGUAGCUGUGGAGGAAGAUGGAGGUGUAACUGAUGUAUCUGACUACACAGACUGUAGUUCCACUGAUGAAGAUGUUCUCAAGGUGUCAGACAGAUGUGACUAUGUUUUUGUGAAUGGCAUGGAGACAAAGGGUAAAGUGAAGAUGGUGGUGAACUUCACUUACAGCUACCUGAGUGCUCAGCUUGAACUGAACGUGUGGAUGCCCCAACUCCCCCUCCAGAUUGAGGUGUCCGACACAGAGCUGAGCCAGAUCAAAAGCUGGAGGGUACCAAUACUAACCUCAAAAAGAUCUGGCUGGAACAGUGAAGAUGACGACAAGAAGGGGAAAGGUUGCAUGCUGCAGUUUCAGCAUGCACUGGUGCGAGUGUUAACUCACUUCAUGGCAGAGCAGGCAGACCCUCGAGAUCCUAAGGCCUAUUUCCUGGGCUCUGAUUGGCAGGUGGAUGUCACUAGGCUCGUUCGAUACUUCAUGAAGGUGGAAAACCCUCAAGUGGCAAGGCUACAGGCUGGGAGGGUCUUGUCUGGACGGGACUAUGGGACCACCACCAUCCAGGUGUUUUCUCCACUGUCUGACAUAAUCUUGGCUAAGACAACAAUCAAAGUCGUGGAUGACAAAGUGACCAUCACAGAGUUGGGGGUCCAGAUGGUUACAGACCUCUCUAUGACCUUACAGCUCAGUCCAGGAAGCAACAGAGCUAUCGUGGCUACCACAACCACACAAGAGGUGCUACGGAGCCCUAAACAGGAAGCUUUGGUCAGUGCCUGGGUGCAGUUCAGUGAUGGCAACCAGACGCCUCUUGACAUUUAUGAUCCAGCCUACUACCGUGUGACAGUGACAUCACUAGAUCAGGGGGUGGUGUCGGUGCAGGGCACGCCUCCAACUGUGGUGGCAGAAGGAGAGGGAGAGGGAGCGCUGGUCAGAGUAGAAAUGUCCAUCUGUGAGGCUUGCCAGAAGUCCAAACGAAAAAGUACUGUGGCUGUGGGCAAUGGCAGCCUAAAAGUUAAGUUUCAAGUGAGCAGCCGGCGGCAGGAUGGCAAUAUCAGCAGCUUUGGUAGCAGCACUGUUAGCAGCAAGGCCGGUGGUAGUGAGUAUGGUAAUGAUAAAGAAGAGGUGGACAGUGAGAAGAAACUGAGGAAGCCGUCUCAGGAAACUCCACCACGCAGCUCAACCUCAGACAGAGAGGAGAGUGCCAUGCAGAAGAUCACAACCACCAUCAAAUCUACGGAUCGAACUUUGAUAACCAGAGGCAGCCUCGGAGGAGUGGGUAAGAACAGCAAUUCAGGAAACCCCAGCAGUCCUGCCAGUGUGUUGAAUGUCAGCAUGAUGAGCAGUCCCAGUGACAGCAGCAAAGGAUAUGACUCAGACAAUGUGAUAGUGGAGGAUACAAGCAGUGUUAGCUUUACAAGUACUGCAAAAGCACCUGGGAACCUGGUAAACUACAACAACUUUUCCAACAAGGUGGAUGUACCUGGGCAGAAGACAGCAGAGGCAGAAACUAGUGGUGAAGAAAUACUGGUCAACAGGCCACUCACAGACUUGGAGAUUGGCAUGUAUGCUCUGUUGGGAGUCUUUUGUCUGGCUAUCCUUGUUUUUCUGGUGAACUGUAUUUCAUACGUUGUUAAAUUCAGGCACAAGAAGCCCCCCUCUCGUGGACAGGAGCUCACAGGACACAGGCAUGACUGGGUAUGGCUCGGCACAGACGCUGAGCUGGUGAUGAGUGUGCCAGGCAGCCCUGUCCAGCCAGACACCGAGACUGCAACCACUGUCAUAGACAUUGGGCCUGAUAAGGCUGCCUCUCUUUCCAGGAAGCCUAGUUGCCUGGCCUCUGUUACAGACUCUCCCCUCAGCUGUGUGGGCUCCCUCAGGAGCAAACCUACACACACUGAGUCCCUCCACUCACCCACCAGCAAGAGGAAGAGAGUUCAGUUCACCACCUUCUCCACUUUGGAGCGCCAGCAUUUGCCACAUCUGCCUGCCAGGGAGAACGGCCAUGGCAUUCAUUGGGUUGGGAAGGAGGACAGUUGUGAGGAGGAACCCCAAAUUCCCAUUACACAACCUGGGGACCAGUUAUAAUACAGAGCCUGAUCAGACCUCACAUGUACAGUAGAUGUGACUUGAUCACCUCAAUGCCUUUGUUUACUCCAACAACUUCAAGAAUAUGUGAAUCUGAAA